AUGGCUUUCGUAGGCAUCCUCGGCUUCCUCCAAACAAUAACGAUUGUUCUCAUUAGCGACCUCGACUUGAAAACUUUACCGGCAAGAAGCAGUGUGGUAACAACGCCUUACAGCCUCAAAUGGACCUAUACCAACAAUAGCAAACAGCCGGAGAUUGAUAUCAUUGACCGGAGCACAACGUGGCUGCGAAAACCACAGAUGUAUCCUACAGUUGCCGAGUAUUCCCAGCCUCGGUACAUCGAGGAUGGCGUGGAAGACACUGGAAUAAGUCUUCGCGCUUUUUUGCCCUUGACAGCGGCCUCUGAUAGGGAAACGCUGCAUGAAUAUAUUGGCAGAACUACUGUUGUAGAUACCCGUGUGACUUGCCAAGUCCCCGAUCUUCUCAAUGCCAUGGUGCAAGCCAGCUCGACUUUAUUGACGCUUAACGGCACAGUAAGGGCUACCACGAAAACACCGCGACUUGGCAAUUUCACAGCUGUCAUAUCUAACGUACAAGAUUCCAACGGACAAAUUCCCUACGAAUACAAUGUGCCCGUACCUUUCUCUUGUACAGCAGGUUCAGACGGCGAAGGUGAUACUAUUACCAAGGCGGCUGGUCAGUGGCGUGUCUCGCUUUGUCAGCUUGGAGAAACGUCUAGCGUGGCUUCUGGCGGGCUUGUCAGUGAGUUUCGUGAUCCCGCAAGGCUUCCUAAGACGAGACAGUCGAGAACGAUCCUGGGGAUCGGAUCUGAGCAACUUGGGACUGGAUACCUUCUCCUCAACGUGACUUUAGGCGGUGCUGCAAAAUGGGAGGCCGUUACAGGGAAUGGCGCAACAGCUCCAGCAAUCAGUCAACACGGGCCGUGGCGCGACCUCGUGUACUCCAACGCUGAUCUUGUGCUCAGCGUUUCGCUGUGCUAUUCAGGAUUUGACGCCGCGGACUUGCCGGUUCAAAUAAACAGCAAGUCUAAUCGUUCUGAACCGUUCCCUACUUAUGAUCGGCAGAGCGGGACAUUCAAGUUCGAGAGCAGAAACACAUGGCUUGCCGAGGACGACGAGUUGUCGCCCAUGGAACCAUAUAUUAGAAGAUUUGUCAACAUGUACACCGAAAAAGUCGCCGCCAUUGGCAUUGGCAAUGCUCCAAAUAUAACGACGAUACUAUGGCAAAGCGCGGAAUGCUUGACGCUAACCUCACAAAGGAUAUGUCCCGAUCCGAUGUAUAUGUGGCUUUUCCAGGACAUUGUGAAAACCGGCGGCUCGGUCGCCUUUGCUCUUCAGUCCCUCCUGACCUUGCUCUCGAGUCUAGCAUAUUACGAUCAGCUUGGUCAAUUCGAUAAGAUUGACCAGGCUCGACAGACUUUCUUCGCUACGACGAACACGCCUCAAGAUUACACAGGUUUCAUCGCCGUUGCUGCUGUGGUAAUCAUACAUACAGUCUUGAUCACAGCUGUACUUUAUGUGUUCCUGGCACAGACAGAAUGCUCGAUGCUGGGCAACACAUGGCAAGCUGUUGGGCAACUGGUCAGCACAAACACGGUUGACUUUUUUGAUAUUGCCACAAUUCGCAAGGAUAGCCAAGUGCAGCAGUAUUUAAGACGCGUUGGAACAUAUCGCACAAGAGUUGGGAUUGGAGAGCGACAGACAGAUGGGCAUGUCGGCUUAUUAAAAUCAUGA